GUGGUCCCGAUGGUUAAGAGGAGGCUCUUUGGUGCGGUGAAAUGGCUAAGUGGUGGUGUGCAGGGAGGGGUAUAUGCAGCUGCAUCUGCCCUGGAUUGGGUAGUAGUAGUCUGCUACGUGGAUGAUGUGAUGUGGUCAACACAAUACUUCCUCUGGAUCUUUGGUCGAGUUUUUCCCUCGAUUAGUUUGAUGCCCCGCAGGUAAC